AUUACCACGAAUUGCUAAGUGUCGUGGAAAAUGGAGUUGCUGAAAUUGCAGAAAAUGCUAAUGAUGCCCAAAAGCAUGCCUACCAUUGAAGAUGCAGCUACGUCAAAGCAAGCAUGGGAUACCCUGAUGACAGCAUACAAAGGUGCGGAGAAAGUCAAGAAGGUAAAGCUCCAAACCUUAAGACAUCAAUAUGAGCUCCUACAAAUGGAGUUUUCUGAGCCUGUUGCGACUUAUAUAAAUCGAGUUCUUGCUUUGACAAACAAAAGUAAAGUAUAUGGAGAGGAGUACAGCGAGCAGGCCAAAGUGGAGAAGAUUUUGCGGACACUCACACCAAAAUUUGAGCACAUUGUGGCAGCAAUAGAAGAAGCCCAUGAUUUGUCCCAGAUGACAGUUGAUGAGUUGUCAGGUUCAUUAGAAGCACAUGAGCAAAGAAUGAAUGGGAAGCAGAUAGAGAAGCCGAUUGAGCAAGCCUUCCAAAGCGAAGUCUCUAUCCAAGGUGAUCAAGGUGGUGAAACCAGUCGAAAGCAUGGUGGUUCUCGUGGAAGAGGACGAGGACGUGGCUUCUACUUCAACAGAGGUCGUGGAGUAGGAGGCAAUGACCAAGAAAAAUCAAACUUUGGCUAUCAGCAAAAUUCAAGAGGCCAUGGCCGUGGCCGUGGUCGUGGACGUGGCAAAGGAAGGUAUGACAAAUCCAAUGUUGAAUGUUACAAUUGUCAUAAAUAUGGCCAUUAUUCCAGUGAGUGCAGAUACAAGGAUUAUACUCAAAAGGCUCAUUGUGUACAAGGAGAUGAUGAUGCUGACAGUAGCCAUGCUCUCCUGAUGGUCACUGCUGUUGGUGAAACACCAAACUUUCACACAUGGUUCCUUGACACUGGAUGUACCAAUCAUAUGAGUGGCAAAAGGGAGCUAUUUGCUGAUCUUGAUGAGUCCUUUCGCACAAAAGUGAAAUUUGCUGAUGAUAGAACUAUACCAGUAACUGGAAAAGGAAGAAUUCUUAUCAACUUGAAGAAUGGAGAUCACAAGUACAUUUCAGAUGUGUUCUAUGUUCCAGGCAUGAAGAGCAAUUUGCUAAGUGUGGGCCAAUUGCUUGAAAAGGGGUAUGUUAUGAGCCUGCGUGAUGAUCAAUUCUCCAUUCUAGAUAAGCAAGGUACGCUUAUUAUUAAGGCCCCCUUGAGCAAAAAUCGUAUGUUUCAAGUUGAUAUUUCUGGUGGAACUUAUAAUUGUCUCAAUGCAAUUAUAAAAGAUGAAUCUUGGCUUUGGCACUUGCGGUUUGGACAUCUAAAUUUUCAAAGUUUAAAGUUGCUUGCUCAAGGACAGAUGGUAAAAGGCCUGCCCAGUAUACAUAAUCCUGAUCAGUUAUGUGAAGCCUGCACUCUUGGGAAGCAUCACAGAAUGCCUUUUGCAGCAGAACAUCAACAGCGAGCAACUCAACCACUUGAGCUGGUCCAUUCUGAUGUGUGUGGCCCAAUGAAUACAAUGUCAAAUGGCAAUAAUAGGUACUUCCUCACCUUCAUUGAUGAUUUCACUCGGAAGAUUUGGGUCUAUUUGUUGCAAAGAAAGUCUGAAGUUUUCGAUUGCUUUAAGAAAUUCAAGGUGCAUGUUGAAAAGCAAAGUGGUCAUCUUAUUAAGAUGUUGAGAACUGAUGGUGGAGGUGAAUAUACUUCCAAUGAAUUUAAUAAAUUUUGUGAAGAACAGGGAAUCAAGCAUGAAAUCACUUUUCCUUACACUCCGCAGCACAACGGAGUUGCUGAACGGAAGAACAGAACCAUAAUGGAUAUGACGAGGAGCUUGCUGAAGGCAAAAGGAAUGCCCAAUUCAUUUUGGGGUGAAGCUGUUUCUUGUUCUGUUUAUUUGCUGAACAGAUCUCCAACAAGGAGUGUCCAAAAUAUCACCCCUGUAGAAGCUUGGAGUGGUUUCAAGCCAAGUGUGAAACAUCUAAAGGUGUUUGGGUCUAUUGCUUAUGCUCAUAUUCCCGCAGAGACAAGGACAAAGCUAGAUGAUCGAGCUGAGAAGACAGUUUUUAUUGGCUACAAGCGUGGUGGGUACAAACUGUUCAAUCCUGAGACAAAGAAGGUGAUUGUCAGUCGAGAUGUAACAUUUGCUGAAGAAGAAGCUUGGAAAUGGGAUGCUGAUACCCAUAAGGGUCCUCAAAAUCGAGUUAUUUCUGUUCUUGAAGAAGUAACUGAAAAUCCCACCACAAACGAAGAAGCCUCUUCAAGCUCUGCUCAAGAAACCUCCUCACCGCAAGCCCAGACAGAAUCUACAAGGCCACAGCGACAACGCCGACCACCAGUGUGCUUGCAAGAUUACGAGGUAACUCUUGAUGAUGAAGUUGAUGAUGAUGGAGAAUUGGUACACUUUGCUUUCUUUGCAGAUAGUGAACCGGUGACAUUUGAGGAGGCAAUUCAAGAUUCUAGAUGGGUAAAUGCAAUGAAUGAGGAGAUCGAGGCCAUUGAAAGGAACAAUACAUGGGUUCUCACUGAUAUUCCACAAGCUCACAAAGCAAUUGAUGUCAAGUGGGUUUUCAAGACAAAGGUGAAGUCAAAUGGCGAGGUAGAGAGGUAUAAAGCGAGAUUGGUGGCAAAGGGAUUUGAGCAGAGGCUUGGUUAUGAUUUUCAAGAAGUCUUUUCUCCUGUUGCUCGAAUGGAGACCAUCAGACUUAUAGUUGGUCUGGCUGCACAAAAUCAAUGGAAAAUCCAUCAAAUGGAUGUGAAGUUAGCUUUUCUAAAUGGCCCACUUGAAGAAGAGGUAUAUGUCAAGCAACCUCCUGGAUUCAUGAAACAAGGAAGUGAAGAUAAGGUGUACAGGUUCUUAGAAAAUCCGCAGCAAUCUCAUAUGCAAGUAGCCAAGAGAAUCAUGAGGUACUUGAAAGGUACUCUUAAUUAUGGUUUGUUUUAUUCUUCAACAGACAAUUGUGCUAUUAUAGGCUACUCAGAUAGUGAUUGGGCUGGAGAUCUAGAUGAUCGGAAAAGCACCUCUGGAUACUGUUUCAAUUUUGGUGCUACCAGCUUCUCUUGGUCAUCUAAAAAGCAAUCUGUUGUUGCUCUAUCAACCUGUGAAGCAGAGUAUGUUGCUGCAGCAUCAAGUGCAUGUCAGGCAAUCUGGUUGCUCAAUUUAAUGAACCAGAUUUAUGCUCCAAUGAAGGGACCAAUGAAGAUUUUUGUUGAUAAUGUUUCUGCAAUAGACUUGGCAAAGAAUCCUAUCACACAUGGAAGAAGCAAACACAUCGACGUCCGAUUUCAUUUCUUGAGAGAUCAAGUUGGCAAGAAAGCAAUUGAGCUGGUUUACUGCAAAUCGGAAAACCAAGUAGCAGAUAUCCUCACCAAACCUUUGAAGUUUGAAGCUUUUAUCAAAUUAAGGAGUAUGCUUGGAAUGACUACUUUGUCGGAUCAGGAUUAAGGGGGAAUUGUUGGUUUGAUAAUCCUUAUCCCAUUGCUGUUUUACUGU